AUGGCUGCCUUCCCAGCAGAAGACAGAGCACAAAGUGUGUCGUCGCUGGACAUCUUUGCCGAUGAUCUUCCCAUUCAGGCCAGUCUUGGUUUGUCCUGGAAUAUCAGUGAAGAUCUGUUUAGUUUCAACCUCAACAUACCUGAUACGCCGUUUACCAAGCGCGGUGUAAUCUCUGCUGUCAGCAGCAUAUUUGACCCUCUUGGAUUUCUAAGCCCAAUCACUUUUCAAGGUAAAAUUCUUGCUCGUGAGAUCACAGCUCAUGGUUCAGGCAUGUGGGAUGAAAGGUUGCCUGAUCAUCUUGAGAAAAAGUGGAAACUUUGGAAGGAGUUACUUAAAUCUACUAAAGGAAUUCGCAUUCGGAGAAAGUUCCUACUAAACGAUUUGAGCUACGCAGAUUCAUUUAAGGUAGAUGUGUUCUCAGAUGCAUCCGAAAAGGCGAUCUCUGCAGUCGCAUAUAUGAGAGCCUUAUUUGGUUCAAAGGAAGAAGUUGGUUUCAUCAUGGGUAAAUCCAAACUGACUCCAGCUGGGGGCACCACUAUUCCUAGACUAGAACUGUGCGCCGCUCUUCUUGCCACAGAAUUAGCAAAUGUAAUUGCAGACCAAUUGAGUAUUUCCUUGGAGAAUUUCUUGUACCACACAGACAGUAGAGUCGUUUUGGGAUACAUUCAUAAUCGAAAACGUCGCUUCUACACAUAUGUUGCCAACCGAGUUGACAUUGUCCUUAAACAACCUAACCCACAAAAGUGGCAGUAUGUGGUCACGCAAAACAAUCCAGCAGACUUGGGUACCAGACCUUUGACUUCUCCUAAUGAGCUGACAAGAAGUAUAUGA